AUGGCGAUGGCCUUUCCUCGCUUUGUGGCUGGGUUGAAGGAGGUCGCCAGGCUGUACCGGUGCGUGCUCUUCGAUGUCGGCACGCUGCGCGUGGGAGGUGAGGGAGGCUGGUGGGGACCCUGCUCCGCGGGUGCCAUCCGCUCGGCGAGCGAGCUGCUCGCGCGGGACAAGCGGGUGGGCGUCAUCGGUGGCUCGGCGCUCCGAUCCAAGGUGGUCAAGGCUGCAGUGUGUGAGGGCGGCCUACCCGCAGGCGUUGCGGCAUGGACAUCUGGGGAGCUCAUUUGCAGGAGCCUGGAGGGCACGUCUCAGCACGAGGCGACGUCGGCUCUUCCGAGGCCUGCGAAGGUGUUUGAGCUUGGGAUCUUCGUGAAGCCCCAGCGGUGGUCGGACACGGCGCGCCGAGGGGCGCCGCCGCUGGAAGGCCUCUCCCGGUCUGGCUGCGUGAAGCGCGUCGAGUCGAUCGAGGAUGCGAACCUCUGCUACUGGGACGCGCAGGAAGGCGACAAGCUUGACCACUGGCUCGAGGCGGCUGUCGAGCUCUGCGCGGACUUGAAGGUACCGCUCCUGCAGCCGAAGUGGGGCGCUGCGGCUCUUGAUGCCGUAGCGCCGCUGGCCGCGCGCUCCGCCGGCUCCGUGGAGGCGGUCUGCGCCAACAUGCGGAAGCCUGGGCCCUAA